GAACUCCUCUUUUACUAAUACAGGAAGAACCGACUAUUUCAGCUACCAGGUACCUACACCCAAACCGUGUACAAACGCUUAACGACACCCUAUUCAGUCUGAUAGCAGAGGAUGGCAGAGUUGGCGAGUCUGGUGCAGCGUCUGGAGGUGGCGGUGACCCGGCUGGAGGCGGUCUCUGGCCCAGGGGGUGGCGGAGCAGGUGGCUCUGGAGCCGUGUCUGCGCACGUGGAGGCCUUCGAUGCCGUGGUGUCGGGGCCCGUGGCGGAGUACAUGUCCCUCAGUCAGAAGAUUGGUGGAGACGUCAAGAAGCAUGCGGACAUGAUGCAGCGGGCAUUUACAGCCGAGAGGCUGCUGCUGGUCAAAGCCUCCGGCAGCCAGAAACCCGCAGAUUCGGUCUUGACCUCUCUGCUGGCUCCAGUCUCUAAGGUGAUUUCGGAGGUGCAGAGCUUCCGCGAGUCCAACCGCUCGUCUCCGCACUUCAACCACCUCUCGGCCGUCAGUGAGAGCGUGCCCGCCCUCGGAUGGAUCGCCAUGGCUCCUAAACCAGGUCCUUAUGUAAAGGAGAUGCAGGAUGCUGCCACCUUCUACACCAAUCGCGUGCUCAAGGACUACAAGGAGAAGGACAAGACACAUGUGGACUGGGUGAAGGCCUACCUUGCCAUCUGGACUGAGCUGCAGGUCUACAUCAAACAGCACCAUACCACUGGCCUUACCUGGAGCAAAUCUGGUCCUGUUGCUUCUGCUGGUCCCGCUGGUCCUGCUGCUCCAGGGCCCAGCCCCCCCCCCGGGCCCCCUCCUCCCCCCAUGGACCUGAGCUCCUCCUCUGGUGGCAAUGGAGGACCGCCCAUGAACGCCCUCUUCGCCUCCAUCAACAAGGGAGCAGACAUCACUAAAGGUCUGAAGCAUGUGUCCGCUGACCAGAUGACCCAUAAGAACCCAAAUCUGAGGGCCCAGGGCGGCCCAAUCCACUCCUCCCCCAAACCCUUCUCGGCCACCCCACGCCCCACUGCAACCGCUGCCCCUGCUCGCACUCUUCCUCCUGUGCUCGAGCUGGACGGCAAGAAGUGGAAAGUGGAAAACCAGGAGGGCGUUCAGGGUCUGGUGAUCAGUGACACAGAGCUUAAGCAGGUGGUCUACGCCUUCAAGUGCAACAAGAGCACCCUCCAGGUCAAAGGCAAGAUCAACUCCAUCACCAUUGACAACUGUAAGAAACUGGGUCUGGUGUUUGAUGACGUGGUUGGGAUUGUGGAGGUGAUCAACUGCAAGGACGUGAAAGUCCAGGUGAUGGGUAAGGUUCCCACCAUCUCAAUCAACAAGACGGACGGUUGCCACGUUUAUCUGAGUAAGGACUCCCUGUCCUGCGAGAUUGUCAGUGCCAAGAGCUCUGAGAUGAACGUUCUGGUUCCCGGCAAGGACGGAGAAUAUACCGAGAUCCCCGUUCCUGAGCAGUUCAAGACCAUAUGGGAUGGUCAGAAGCUCGUCACCACGGCAACAGAGAUUGCCGGAUAGACGGACUGCCUGUUCAAGACCAUCCCCAUUGAGGAAUGCCCACCAUACCGACCAAACGACCAACCAAUUGCAAAGCAGACUGAAAUGCCAACAUCGCUCAUUUUUCCCCAUCAGCCAGUCAGCGCUUUAGCUGUAACUUCCUUCAGCCAAUGAGAGGACUGCUUGCUUUAUAUCGAGCAAUCCUUCCGCCAAGUGCAAGGAGCAGCUUUGUCAUUCCAUUUGCUUAUCAGUGGCCAGCAGGCUCUUCCAAAUUAAUUGCCAAGUUCAAAUGUUUUUUUGAUUUUGAUUUGUUUUCUGUCUGCAUUCCAGCUAUAAGGGGAAAAUAUAUUUUCCGAAGCCGACAGGGGGAGCUGGAGCUUUCCUCGCAGUUCUGGUCUCUGAUCUCCGGUUCUGUCAUUCCGAAUUAAAAAAAAAUAACUUUCUUGUCGUACUCUUCUGUCUGGUCAGGGGAGGUAGGAUGGGUGGGGGAUGGGUCUGGCGGUUUCUGUUCCGUAUAUGCAAUCAGCCCUGAAGCACACGAUCCCCUUCACAGCAGUCACGCUAUCAUUUCUGAUAACGGUAUUCAUGUUUAUAGUGACGAUAUUAUUAUAAAGAAUUAAAAAUAGUAAUAAUUCAGAAUGCAACUCUCAGCCACCAUCCAUUGUAGGGAAACUAAUCAGAGAAAAGGACAUGUUAUGUGCGGGAUCACUCUAGUCUUUCCCAUAGAACACUUAAAAGUCUGAGUACGGUUCUGAAGACCUGUUCUGUGGACCAGACCUUUUUUCAUUCCUUACUGUAUGCCUCUCUCAGCACUUAAGGCACAUUCCCCUCACCCUUAGCGGUUUGAAGCUAACAUUCCCUUCUCCAUACCUAGUGAUACAGAAGCCUCCUGGGGAGAGGGAGAGUGAGCAAGAGGCUAGGUUUGUCUGUUUGGUGAGGACUCCACCUCAAGAGAUGAUUCUCAGAUGUUCUGAUGUUCAAAAGACAUGCCAGGAUGUUUGGAAUACCUUGUCCUCUUUUCCCCUCUCUUAACUCCUCUGAUCACACACACACUCAAUUGUGGUCUUUUGUAUUUUUUUGUUAUUGUACUUUUUUGUUAUUGGGUGAAUAAUUACAAUUCUGUUCAUUAGUACUGGCGGAAAAACAUCAUUAAAAUUGUUGCAAUAAA